AUGUCAAUGAAAGUCUUGGCUUUACUUCUUGUUAUCAUUUUGUCAUCGACAGCUUCGGUAUUCUCGUUUACUAUCACAGCAUUAAAAAGGUACCGCUAUUCGAAUCAUACAGAUGUGACAACAGUUCCACCCUGUUGCAGCGACUUAAUUGGUAGUUUAACGUGCAAAAGGCUCAACGAUCGCGAUCCACUGGUUUUCAAUAGGCGCUGUCAGAAAGAAGCAGACUUUUCAAUGAUUCAGUGCUGCAAUUCGUGCGGUCUUGAUGAUGCUCCAGAAAGAUACGCUAAAUUCUUCGAUGCUAAUACAGACUCAGAGCAUUGUUUUGACAGAAUGUCUCCAAACUUCUGUGCGAAAUUCUUGAAUAAACGUGACUUCUGGUCGAGCAGUAUCUGGUCGUGUGAUGGGAUAAGUGCAAACUUGGCUUUUCGAAUUUGUCGGCGUACCUGUGGUUUUUGUAACAAAAAUCUGUACUCAAAAGAUGAUGGAUACUAUCAGCCAACACCAUGCGGUAUAGCUCCCGAAUUUAUACCAUAUUCAAAAAAAGCCGAGAUGUUGAAACGCUAUAAAUCAAAUUCAUUUUAA